AUGAAGGCACACUUACUUAUCCUCCUACUAGUUGGCAAUAUAUAUCAAUGUGCUGCACAAUCCGAUCAAAAUGAUAAUUGCCAGCCAGCUUUAUAUAUAAAGGCUGGUGAAUAUGGGAAUUUCACAACGCCUAAUGCUAACGCAACCUGCGAGCAUGCUCUUAUAUCUUUCCUCGAAGUAGAUACCAGCGAGACUGUCCCUGUGCAACAAGGUGAUGCAACCUGUGAGGCUUAUCCACUAAUACAUAUCUCAAUUCCAACUGAUACGCCGGUUGGCACCGCCAAGAUAACCUGGCUGUGCGAUAAUGAGAAGCCUAACCCAUGCCAACUGAUGUUUGUUCAGCCUGCAUCUCCAGCUGCAAAGGCUUCAGUGUCAGACAUUGCCAUGACUCUGGAGUGUCCCUCUUCCGGAAAUGGUAUCUUCCCUCAAACUGAUACCGCCGAUGGUUCGGGGUCAACUUCGUUAUUAUCCCAAGACCAGCAGCCAGGGCCAUCAGCAACGGGAGACUCUCCUGGAACUCGACCAGAUGGACAUGCAUCAACCGCUACUCCGUACAUGAACAGUAAUACACCUGUGAAUGGGGUGAGUAUGCCAGAACCCACACAGUCUGGCACUGAGCUCUAUACUGGAGAGGUCACUCAGAUUGAUCCAACAGGGGUUGCGACAGAUGCUGUUCCAUCUGACACGAGUCAGCCUUCACAGCCCGUGGAUCAGGACACGGGAACAACACAGCCAACAGAGACAGAUAUCACCAAUCCCACAGUGACUCCCAGUCCGGAAAAUGCGGCCUUAACUACCGGAACACAAGCACCUGCUCAGGGCUCGGACAAAGCAUCCGCAGAUACCGGAUGUACUUGCGCUUAA